AUGAUUCAUCCUAUAAAGGAGCAGCCUGAAGAAGAGAAGAAGGAUGGAGAAGCAUCAGUUGAAGAAGAGAAGCAAGAAAAGGCAAAGGAUACUAUUGAAGUUGACAAGGGCAAUCCUGAAAAAGUUGAAAGGAAAUUAUUUAAGUGGGAGAAGAAGAAAACUUUAGAAAGGCAAGACAAGCCCUUAGAUCUCUCCCCAUAUGCUCGAAUCCCGUAUCCUCAGAGAUUAAAGAAAGAGAAUCAGAAGCAACAGUAUUCAAAGUUUCUAGACAUAUUCAGGAGGUUGCAGAUCAACAUUCCUUUUGUUGAAGCUUUAAAGAACAUGCCCAACUAUGCAAGGUUCAUGAAGGAUCUAUUAUCAAGGAAGCAUAAGUUGCGAGAAUAUGAGACGGUAAAUCUGACAGAAGAAUGUAAUGCUAUCAUCCAAAAGAAGUUACCUACCAAAGUCAAGGAUCCAGGGAGCUUCAGCAUUCCAUGCACUAUAGGCAAAGUGGAAGUGGAUAAUGUUUUAUGUGAUCUUGGAGCUAGCAUCAAUGUCAUGCCACUCUCCAUGAUGAAGAAUCUAGGGAUUACUGAAGUGAAGCCCACAAGAACAAUAGUGCAACUGGCUGACCGCUCUUCAAAGCAAGCUUAUGGCAUCAUUGAGGAUAUAUUGGUAAAGGUAGACAAAUUCAUCAUUCCUGUUGAUUUUGUCAUCCUUGAUAUUGAAGAAGUUGCCAUUAUUUCUAUGAUUUUUGGAAGUCCCUUCUUGGCAACCUCAGGAGCACUGAUUGAUGUGCUUAAGGGUGAGCUGAACUUAUGA